AUGAACCGGGACAGAGCGGGGCCGGGGCCGGGGCCGGGGCCGGGAGCGGACGGGGUCCAGGCCGGCAUGUGCCGGGGGGACAGAGCCCUGGCGGGGCCCCUGGUGCUGGUGGUGGACUCGGGCCAGCCCAGGGCGUCCAACAGCGUGGACGGAGCGCAGACCCUGGUGGGGCCCGCGGGGGACCCGGCGGGGGGGGACCCGGCGGGGGAGCCGCUGCAGGACGGAGGAGGAGGCGCCCUCCCCGGCCCCGGGGAGCAGCGGCUGUUCUCCGGCGCCCUGGCCGGGGGAAGAGACGCUCAUCCCGGGGAGAACCACUCCGAGCCCCCGCCGACCAACCCGGUGCUGGCGCCGCCGCAGCAGGGGCCCACCGGCCACCGGACCACCCCCUUCUCCGUCUUGGACAUCCUGGACCCCAACAAGUUCACGAGCAGCCGGCGGCAGCAGGGGCAGGGGCCGCAGGGGCCGCAGCAGGGGCCCGGGGGCCGCCGCGCAGACCGCGCACUGGCCGACUACGACGCGGAGAACCGGCGAGGCGCGGAGCGAGAGCUGCGGCUGGAGGCCGCCAAGGGCUGCUACCCGGGGGACGAGUACCAGAGCAAGGAAGGCUUCGUGUACAGAAGUCCAGAUGAGGAGGACUACCACAGACCUGGGACUCCAGACUCUGAAGCUCCAGAUGGGAACUACAGCAGCGAGGAGAGCAGCUCUGCCCUUCCCAGUAAUGGAGAGAGAGAGCUGGGCCAGCGUAGCCAUUCAGAUCCCAACAGAGACACCAAAAGCCCCAACGGGGGUUCUGCGGGGCAGAUCCCCGGCAGCCAGGCCAAUGGAGGACCAGGGACCAAGCCCAAGAGGAAACGCUCUGGCUCAGACUCCAAGUCGGGGAAGCCCCGCCGAGCCCGGACUGCCUUCACCUACGAGCAGCUGGUGGCGCUCGAGAACAAGUUCAAGUCCACGCGCUACCUGUCGGUGUGCGAGCGGCUCAACCUGGCCCUGUCGCUCUCCCUCACCGAGACCCAGGUCAAAAUCUGGUUCCAGAACCGCCGGACCAAGUGGAAGAAGCAGAACCCUGGAGCCGACACCUCCGCCCCCACCGGAGCCGGUGGUGGAGGUCCGGGGGGUGCAGGGGGAGGGGCGGGCGGAGGCCUGGGGGGCCUCAGCCCUCUCAGCCCGUCGCCGCCCGUCAGCGGGCACCUGGCCAUGCACGGCUACACGGGCCACCACCACCCCCCUGCCGGGAGCCUGGUCCAGCUGCCUUUCCUCACCGCCAGCCACGUGCUGUCUCCGUUUAUGCUGGGGACACAGAGUUACGCUGCGCCCGCCUUCUACAGCACGCACCUGUAGAGACUCCUCCCACACAGGGAAACAGGCGGGGCAGCCCUGGACUGCAGUGGAGCGGACG